AUGGCUCCUAGUAUACUCGGUGAGGACCUCUACACGCCCCUCAAGGAUCUGGAGAUCCGGGUCCUGGACCUUCUUCCUGGAAAGCUGAAUGCAGUACUUCAAGCAAGUCUGCGCAUCGUUCGCCUAGGGGCAGAAGACUCGCAUUAUGAAGCCCUCUCCUACACGUGGGGCUCGCAAGCUGAUAGUCGCAUCAUUUACAUGAAUGGUUGCGAUCAGUCAACGAGCAUUACGAAGCAUCUUUUCCAGGCACUGCAUAGGUUGAGACGCCGCCAAGCCACACGGACGCUGUGGGUCGACGCCCUGUGCAUCAAUCAGAACGACAUCUCGGAGCGAUCGACACAAGUGGCCUUCAUGAGCGAGAUCUACCGUGCUGCUACCUGCGUAAACGUCUGGCUGGGCGAGCCUGACCGCUCGUGGUACAUCAAUGUCAGGCAUCUUGGCAAAGUCAUGGUCUGGAGGCCAAUACCGUCCGGCGAAGAACCUUCCGACCUGAGAAGGUUUCGCAGAUGGGCUAUGUGGAAGACUCUUUGUGGCUACCUAGACGCCAUGGAGUCCGCACUGCGUAAUAAUGCUCCAUAUUGGUACAAUAGAGCAUGGGUAUUGCAGGAAUUUAUCCUGUCGCGCAGAGCAUAUCUUUGCUUUGGCUCCCGGAGCUUGCUAUGGCGCUAUCACUAUAUCUUCGAUCUUCAGGCUGUCAUUCGGCAUGGAGGCCUUGGGAUGGGACAUUCCGAUCGCUUGAUCGAGAAGCUCAACAAUUGUCGACUUGCCAAAGAAGCAAGCAAACGCCCAGGACUCGUUUCAGCGAUGUAUUACUAUGCCCGUAACACUUCGGCAACUGAUCCUCGCGACAAGAUCUACAGCUUGCUUGGUUUAGUGAAUGAAGACGAAGCCAAGCUUAUCGGGGUUGACUACUCGAUAGAGCCUCACCAAUUAUUCGCGAAGACGACUUUCAUCUGCUUGCAACUCGAGAACGACUGGACCAUCUUGGCAGCCCUAACGCUAAAGGGCGAGUUAAGGCAUGGUCUUCCCUCCUGGGUUAUCGAUUUCACAGAUAUUCAGUCUGUGAAUUCUUCGAUCAACGCCGGCACACUGAUAUCCCCUGAUUUAGGCCAGCCGAAACCACGCUCGGGCUGCUUCGUGGCUGUCGAUCCGUCAUUCUCGUUCUUGACACUAGACUUUGCCGAAGUCAUGUAUGACUUCAUGUAUCAAGUGUUGUGCAACAUCACCGCAAUGGAACAUUCCGAAACUAGCAGGGGUUAUGCGACUUGCACUGCCCAGCGUUCGAGGGACAUUUUGAACACGAUUACUUCAGCCCAACUGUAUCAUUCCUACUUCUGGAAGACCAGGACGCCAUUAGUGCAAGAAGUGAUAAGAAAGGCAUGUAAAACAUGGCAGACGAUAGGGGCUUGCUGCGAAGCCGGAAGUCCCCCCGCUAGCCACGUCAGCGAUCUGUCCAACGAUGACUUCGUAAGUGGCGAUCUUACCAUGCUCAAUAUAUCGUGGGACCUCACCAAAGUGGCGGCCGGUGGCACCUCACUGAUUGCAACAUCCCUCGGCUACAUUGGGCUAGCCCCUUCUACCGUCACACGUGGCGAUCGAUUGGCAGUUGGCCCGGGCGGUCAGCAUCCAUUACUUCUCCGAGCUGUCACAGACCACUACGUAUUCCAAGGCAUUGCCUCUAUCUGGGGUGUGUCCACUUGGGCACCUGGACGAGAUGAGCCUGAUUGUCGGAAACAGUGGAGACAAAGGUUCCUUCAGGGUGAGGAUGGCGGACGCUCGCGCUUGUACGUCGUUCAUUAG